AAAAAUAUUUGGACAAAUCUUUAUGUUUAUUUUCAACUAGCAUUAGCAACUAAUGAAACUAUGAUAGGACAAAAAUCUUAUCCAGAUGAGAAUAUUGAAAUACAGAAAGUCAAUAGAAAAGCAGACCAAAUGCGGACGUGUCAGUGUCAAGAAAUAUCUAUAGAAACACGUCAUCAACGCGUCUAAGUAACGCGUAGAAUCGAAUUUAAUUUACCCUCUAAAUUAAAAGUUUGUUAUCCUGUUGCUAUAAACGUCCACAAAUUUGUGCACAUCCGUUCCUCUUCUCUCACAUUCAACUCUACCGCACACUUUUUUCAGAUUUUAAAGGUUAUAGCAUCGAGUAAGAUUAGACAAAAUGGGAGGUGGAAAGGACAAACAUGAUGAAACUGACAAAGGGCUAUUCUCUCACGGGCAUUAUCCCCCACAGGGGUCGCACGGAUACCCACCGGGGCAGUACCCACCAGCACCUGGAGGGUACCCUCCACAAGGAGGGUAUCCUCCAGCGGGAUAUCCUCCACAGCAAGGCUAUCCCCCUGCUGGCUACCCACCAGCUGGUGGCUAUCCCCCGCAACAUGGCUAUCCUCCAGCGGGUUAUCCUGGUCAACAUCACUCAGGCGGAGGAUCCUCUAUUGGAGGACUACUAGCAGGAGGUGCUGCUGCUGCUGCAGCCGCCUACGGUGCCUCCCAUUUGGCACAUGGAGCUCAUGGAUCUCACGGAAUGCCUGGAGCUCACGGAGCUUAUGGCGUUGGCCAUGGCAUGGGGGGUGGUCACUAUGGUCAUGGGAAGAUGAAGCACGGCAAGUUCAAGCACGGGAAGCACGGGAAAUUUGGUAAGCACGGAAAACACAAGGGGGGGAAAGGCAUGUUUAAGAAGUGGAAGUAAUCCCUCCCUCACAUUAUGACUAUGAUUUAUAUAUAAAGCAGCUUGGUAAUGCGUAUGUAAUUUCCUUUUAUUUUCAUUAACGUAUAAACAAAAGCGAGUAAUAUGUUGGCAGGCAUUGUGUUGCCAGUGCCUUUCUAUAGAUAAUAGCUCGGCCUGAUGGCUUUAGAGCUAGUGUUCCUAUUUCUAUGUAUCCUGUUGUGGCUUAACCCUUCCCCUAACUUGUUGCUUCACUUUCUAUUGAUGAAAACCUUCUUGCUGAUCUAA